AUGGCCCAGGUGGACCUAGGCAAGGAGGAGAAUGUUCUAAAAUUUGGGACGACUGAUGAGUCAGGUGGUAUUCAGCCUACUGCAGAAAUUACUGAAAACAGAAAUGCUUGCUCCUGGGUGUUGUCCUUAGGUUGGGACACAUCGAGGCUUUCCCAGAGGGUUUGUGAAGGUGAAUGUGAGAACAGACAUGGUUUGUUUCAGAGGAGUUCAAGGGCCAUUCCACGAUCUUCUAGAGCCCUUGGAACCUCACUCACACCUCCUCCUUUUGCCAGAGCUGAGGCACCACUGAGUGGAAGCCUGAGUCUGCCCAUUGCUGCUUCAGGGUGGCUGUGGAAGAACUACCAAUACGUGCUGGCCUUCCGCUUUGCCAUCCAGGAGAUCAAUAAGGACCCUCACCUACUCCCCAACCUGACCCUCGGUUUCAAAUUCUACAAUGCCUUUGCCAGUGAACAGUACACCUUAUUGAACAUAGUGUAUUGGUUGUUUGGGGCCACUAUGCCUUUCCCUAACUACACCUGCCAUACACAAGGCAGACAUGUUGCCAUCAUUGCUGGAACAACAUCAGCAUUGUCUGUUGAAUUUGGAACACUUUUGGAGCUGUACAAAACCCCACAGCUCACCUAUGGCCCUUUUGAUCCCAUGCUAAAUGAUAAGGACCAGUUUCCCUCACUCUAUCAGAUGGCCUCCAGUGACAGCUCUUUGGGCCAUGGAAUGAUCUCCUUGUUGCUGCAUUUUGGCUGGACUUGGGUGGUGCUCUUUGUGUCUGAUGACAUGAAGGGAGAGCAGUUCCUUCAGUACUUUGAAGCAGAGAUGCUCAAGAAAGGAAUCUGUGUGGCCUUUACAGUUAAGCUCCCUGUCACAAAGAAGUUGUAUGGGGAGAGUGAUCUCACUUUCAUGAGUAGCAUCAGAGUUUCUUCUGCAAAUGUGCAUAUACUCUAUGGUGAUGUAAGAGGUCUCAUCAGUGUGGACAUUUCAGUGCAGUUGUUUUUAACCAUGGGGAAAGUGUGGAUCAUGACAUCAAAGUGGGAUCUUGUUAUGUCUGAGACAAACCACAUGCUGCACUCUUUGCAUGGAGGCUUCUCAUUUUCACCCCACAAGGAAGAAAUCCCUGGCCUCAAACAUUUUCUCAAGAUGGCAAAGCCUUCUCACUACCCAGAAGACUUUUACUUCAGUAAAUUAUGGCUUUCCCAUCUGGACUGCUCACUUGCAGGAUCAUUUUGUGGACAUAUUGGAACCUGCUCACCAAAUACUUCCUUAGAGUUUCUUCCAGGACAUAUUGACCUGCUGACCAUAUCUGACUCCAGCUAUUUAGUCUACAAUGCUGUCUACACCAUGGCCCAUGUCCUCCAUAAAAUGAUUUUGGAGAAAGUAGAAAUGGAAUCUUUAGGAGAAGCAUCCCAGCCCAUGAUUCUUCCCUGGCAGCUUCAUCCAAUCCUGAGGAAAAUCCAGUUUACAAACCGUGCUGGAGAUGAUGUGUCUUUCCAUGAAGCAAGACACCAUGUGGUGCAUUAUGAUAUUCAGAACAUUGUAAAUUUUCCUGCUGGAUUUCGUUUGAUGGUAAAAAUUGGAGAAUUUUCCUCUAAGAGUGCACAUGACCAAGAUUUGCUGAUCAAUGAAGACAUUAUAGAAUGGCCUGUUGGAUUCAAAAAGACUCCUCAAUCUGUGUGUAGCCAGAGCUGUGGUCCAGGAUUUCGGAAAAUGUCACAGGAAGGAAGACCUGUCUGUUGCUAUACUUGUGUUUUUUGUCCAGAGAGAGAUGUUUCCAAUCAGACAGAUGCAGAACAGUGUAUCCAGUGUGCAGAGCAUGAGUAUCCAAACAUGGAGAGAAGUCGCUGCCUCCCCAAGCUAAUGACCUUCUUAGCCUUUGAGGAUGCCCUGGGGAUGGCUCUGGUUUGCAUGGCUCUGUGCUUCUCUGUCCUCACAGCUGCAGUUUUGGGGGUCUUUGUGAAGCACCGAGACACUCCCAUCGUCAAGGCCAAUAACCGGUCUCUCAGCUACAUCCUGCUCAUUGCCCUCCUCCUGUGCUUCCUCUGCUCCUUACUCUUCAUUGGCCGUCCCAACACAGGCACCUGUCUCUUACGGCAAAUAACAUUUGGCCUUGUGUUCACAGUGGCUAUUUCUGCUGUGCUGGCCAAGACCAUCACUGUGAUUCUGGCCUUCAAGGUUACAAAACCUGGAAGAACAAUGAGGCGAUUGCUGGUAUCAGGAGCUACUAACUUCAUCAUUCCCAUUUGCUCCUUGAUCCAACUGACUUUCUGUGGCAUCUGGUUGGGAAUCUCUCCUCCCUUUAUUGAGUUAGAUGCAUAUUCUGAGCAUGGCCACAUCAUCCUGGUGUGCAACAAGGGCUCAGUCACUGCCUUCUACUGUGUCCUGGGCUACCUGGGCUCCUUGGCCCUAGUGAGCUUCACUGUGGCUUUCCUAGCCAGGAAUCUUCCUGACACGUUCAAUGAAGCCAAGUUCCUGACGUUCAGCAUGCUGGUGUUCUGCAGUGUUUGGGUGACCUUCCUGCCUGUCUACCACAGCACCAAGGGGAAGGUCAUGGUGGCUGUGGAGGUCUUCUCCAUCUUGGCCUCGAGUGCAGGGCUCCUGGGCUGCAUCUUUGCCCCCAAGUGCUACAUUAUUCUUAUAAGGCCUGAAAAGAAUUCUCUGAAAGGCUUAAAGAAAAGAGCAAGUUCUAAGGGAUUCUAA